CGUAGAAGUAACAAAUUGCAGGGUCGCAGUUUUGGCAAAAACACCGAUGAAUAUGUUAAUUUAUUUUGGUAAUUGUUUUUGAUAUAAUUUAAGAUUUAAAGAUAAAAGUACCAUAAAAUCAUCUUCAAAGAACCUGGGUGUCGUUGGUUUGAUUGAGGAAUUGCUUACACAGUUGACAUGUCUUCAAAUCCUUCUUCAACGUAUGAAGACCACAGGAGGAAAUGGGACAAAACCGAAUACGAGAAACUCGCAAACGAUCGACUUCGUGAUGAUAAUGACGCCACUGACAGCACCGAAAAGCCAGUGAAGCGAGAACUGUUGAAAGCUCGCGAUUAUAAAGUUGACUUGGAUUCUCGACUCGGAAAAUCGAUUGUGAUCAGUAAAGCCACCCCUGCUGCUGAGAGUGGAGGAUAUUAUUGCAAUGCGUGUGAUUGUGUGGUGAAGGAUUCAAUCAAUUUUCUCGAUCAUAUUAAUGGAAAGAAACACCAAGAAACCUUGGUAUGAGCAUGAAAGUGGAAAGAUCAAGUCUGGAUCAAGUUAAACAACGUUUCGAAAACAAUAAAAAGAAAAGGGAAGAAAAGAAACGACAAUAUGAUUUUGAAGAAAGAGUGAAAGAACUGAAGGAAGAUGAGGAAAGAAUAAAAGCGUAUCGUCGGGAAAAGAAAAAAGAGAAGAAGCGCAAAGCAAGUGAAAUGUCAGGAGACACAGACAUUGCUGAAAUGAUGGGUUUCGGGGGGUUUGGGGGGUCUAAAAAGCGAUGAAACUAUAUUUUGUAUGCAUGUUUUACUCACAUUUCAAUCGUUGUCACUAAAGACACAAGUAGUUCUGGUUCCCCAUUAACUAAAUAUAUGAUGAUGGACGAUGGUCGGGUUUUGCUGGCUUGGCAUCAGAUAUGAAAAACAUAUUUUUUCGCAUAAAUUUGUUGUAACAUCUUUGUGAUUUCAUAAAUGGCGAGGGAAUUGUUGUUAACUGGUUGAGAUGUUUUUCUACAUAAACUGUGGCGUCAAACAUGUGUAGAACACAAGUCCUCAAAACGAGAACGAGUUAAGUUUCUGUUUUCGAUUUUCAAAUCAGAAAUAAAAAAGUCAGCACGAUUUGUUUGUGUGACGUCAAUCGAACUCGUGAUUCGCAAACGAGAGAAUUAAAAGAAAAAGGCAAUCCAUGAUACUCAAUGAAUGCCAAUGGUGACAAUACAUAUUCGUCGUAAAGCUGUGUCAGCUGUUGAGCUUUUUUCUGCUUUUUUGGGUUAGUUAGCUGUUAAAUAAAUAGGAUAAUGCGACACCGACCGCAAUCGCCAGAUACGAUUUCUUUGGAUUCCGAUUUGGGUGGUGAUAGACCACGAAACAUGGGAAGCGCUACUGAAACGCAGCCUCAAGCAGAAAGCUCUGACGACCAGAUACGCGGUGACUUGUCCACGCCGAUCGUGGCAACUUAUUUCGAGGAACGGAUUAUUGUUCCUAAAAGCAAUGCAGCCGGGGAGGAUGACAACUUUAACUGCGGUCCUUGUUCUUCUGACAUGCCUGCUUUUUCAAUGCGGAAGUUGUGGGCAUUUACUGGGCCUGGCUUUUUAAUGAGUAUUGCUUAUUUGGACCCUGGAAAUAUCGAAUCUGACUUACAAUCGGGGGCUAUUGCUGGUUUUCAGCUGCUAUGGCUUCUCCUGUUGGCUACAAUCAUGGGGUUACUGAUGCAACGCAUGGCAGCAAGACUUGGGGUGGUAACGGGCCUUCACUUGGCUGAAGUUUGCAACAGGCAGUAUAGGAAAGGUCCCAGGAUUGGUUUGUGGUUGAUGAUUGAGUUAGCAAUUGUGGGUUCGGACAUGCAAGAAGUAAUUGGGUCGGCGAUUGCAUUUUCAUUACUUUCUGGUGGUCGAAUACCAUUGUGGGCCGGUGUGUUGAUAACUGCUUCUGAUGCGUUUGCGUUUUUAUUGCUAGAUAAAUAUGGUUUGCGGAAACUUGAAGCUUUCUUUGCUAUUUUGAUUGCUAUAAUGGCAGUUACUUUUGGUUAUGAAUAUAUAGCUGUUGCACCAGAUCAAGGUGAGGUUGUGUUUGGGACAUUGGUGCCACAUUGUUACAACUGUGGGGCCGACCAACUUCUACAAGCUGUCGGUAUCAUAGGUGCUGUCAUCAUGCCACACAACAUGUAUCUACAUUCAGCACUUGUUAAAUCUCGGGAAGUUGAUCGCAGCAAACCUCGUAAAAUACGGGAGGCAAACUUUUACUACCUAAUUGAAUCCACAAUUGCUUUGUUUGUUUCUUUUAUUAUAAACCUUUUUGUUGUUUCAGUUUUCGCUGAAGCUUUUUAUAAUUCUUCAUAUGAACACUUAAACGCUACUUGUCAAAAUGCAACAAAUAUUCCGAAAGCGACCGAAAUGUUCCCGCUAAACAACAUGACUAUCAACUCAACAAUUAGCGUUGAUAUAUACAAAGGUGGGAUUCUUUUGGGUUGUUUCUUCGGACCUGUUGCCUAUUACGUUUGGGCCGUUGGCAUUUUAGCUGCCGGACAAAGCUCUACAAUGACUGGAACAUAUUCUGGUCAAUUUGUGAUGGAAGGAUUUCUUGAUCUUCGAUGGAGCCGAACAAAAAGAAUCUUACUAACCCGCUCGAUUGCGAUCGGUCCAACACUACUACUUGCUGUGUUUACCGAUAUACAGCACCUUACAGGAAUGAAUGAUUUGCUUAAUGUAUUACAGAGUCUACAAUUACCUUUUGCGUUAAUCCCAGUUUUACAUUUCACGAGUUUACCGUUGUUGAUGGGUGAGUUUGCCAACAAUGUUGCAUGGAAAAUUAUUGGUGGAUUGAUAUCACUUGUGGUUAUGGGGAUUAACUUAUAUUUUGUGGUUGUUUAUAUUGGUAGGAUACCUUACACUGCACUCAUUGUUGUUGCCAUAAUUAUUGCUGUCUGUUACGUUUUCUUCGUUGCCUACUUUGUGUGGAUGCUCAUCACAGCUGUGGUAAAAUACAAUUGCCUUGGAAACCAAAAGUAUUUGAUUCAACAUGAUGAUGUUAUUCCGUACGAUGAACAAAACCCAAACCAAAUCGAUGAAACUAAUUCAAUAAAUUCUAAAUAAACUUGAGCCAAAGUAGUUGAAUUUAAUGUGCAAUUUUUGAUUUGGUAAUUCAUUACUUUAAUUAAUUGCUUAAACCUUUGUGUGUUGUAUUAAAUCAUAUCUUUUGUUUCAAAUGUUGUAUUAAAUUAUAUCUUUUUUUGGCCAAAUUAAACCCACAAAGUUUGGCCAAAUUAAACCCACAGUUUCCUCCAAUAUUAAUGUUACAUCAACAUUGUGCAUUGUAUGUUUUCAUAGUCAGUGAACUAUAAGCUCUUGCCGUAUGUUUCCUACAUUAUAUUGUUUCCUAACUAAAAUGUGUCUUAUAAUACUCUUAUAUUCCUAAGUAAGUAAACUGUGAUCUCCAUGAAUGAGUUGAAUAACAUUUGCUGCGUUUAUUUCUUUCGUUCAUUUCAAUAAAUUAUAUCCUUUAUUAGAAACAAAAUAAAGUUUGCACAUUCUGCUCAUCAUUGGAAUCGGCAUCAUUGUAAAUAUAAAUGUUUGUUUUGUCAUUUUUAAUGUGAUUUUUCUAAAUAUAGCUUUACAUGUGCAGUAUGCAAGCUUCAUGUAAUAAACACCAGCCAGCUACAGCACAAUACAUCAACAUGGCCCAUGUAUUUUCAUUGUAAGCGAACUAUAAAAACUGGCACGUGUUUCUAUAUUGUAAAGUGAGAUACAAUUCAAACUAACUUUGAAAGUUGAUAAUAAUCAAUAUUAUUAAAAAUUCAUGUCAUUGCAA